AUGGCCUCGGGAGAAGUAGGUGCCUCAGAUGUUGCAGCUUGGUCAGCACCGGGCAGUGGACUGGUAUCCGUUGGAGCCUCGGUACCGGGGGUCGACUGUCCUCUUUGCUUUGCCUCAAUAUUUAAAGAUGGCCCAGAUCUUCUAGGCCUCUGCAGGGGAACCUCUUCGGAAGAAGCGUCACCUGAAAUGUCAAUAUAUUCAAUUGACCUUAGAGGAGUUGCAAAAAGAAUUUCUUCCCCACCUGCGUGCAGAGUAGGAGCCGAAGGUCCUUCUUCAGCGAUACAAAUAGAAGACGUUGAUAUGAACCCAGCGAUAUCUGACUUUGGCACGGCAAGAAGUUUUGGAGGAAAUGAGAUUGGAGCCAUGACAACAAGAGUGGCUAGGACAUACGGCUACAUGUCUCUAGAGUAUGCAGCAGAAGGAAAAUUUUCAGUGAAAUCAGAUGUAUUUAGCUUUGGGGUUCUAGUUAUGGAGAUUGUAAGCGGGAAGAGAAAUAGAGGGUUCUUGUGUGGAUCUGCUUCAAAGAAGGAAGGGUUUUGGAAGUAA